AUGGGUGGGAAAGUGCAGUCCCUCAGCCAGUCUCAGAUCGAUAUCAUCAUCGCCCUGGAGAGAGUUGGGGCUUCACUGUCGUUGGUCGGAGUUACACUAAUAUUCGUCACCUACUGGCAAUUCAAACGCAUUCGAAGUGUUCCAAAUCUCUUCAUCGUCUUCGCGUCAGUUGCCAAUGUUGGUGCUAGCAUUGCUUGCGCGAUGGGCUACGACGGCAUGCUAGCUGGAGCAGAAUCCACUUUGUGUCAGGCACAAGCGUUUUUGCUCGAAAUGUUCAUGCAAUCUGAUCCGUGGUGGUCUUUCGCCAUGGCUAUCAACGUCUACCUCGUCUUCUUCGCCGGUGCCAAUCCUUCCUCCUUCCGACGCUACAUUUGGGUCUACUGUGCUAUCUGCUUUGGCUUCCCCAUGAUUCCGGCCGUUGUUUGUCUCCUAGUCCGACCUCGUGGUCCGGAUGACCUUAUCUAUGGAGAUGCUACAAUAUGGUGCUGGAUAAAUCAUGAUUGGUCAAAACUUCGUAUAUUCACUUACUAUAUUCCCAUUUGGACCUGCAUCGUCGGGUCGUGCGUUAUCUACUUUGCCGUCGGCUACCAUGUCUUCCAUCACCGCAAUCAACUCCACAACCUCACCUUCAGCAAUACUGGAAGAGACUGCAAAGACACAUCUUGCUCAGAUGAGCGAGACUCAGCGGAAAAGAAUCUCACGAGCCGUGCCGAAUUCUUCUAUGGAACCGCCGUGACGGAUAUCCAGAUUACAACUAUGGUACCAAGGCCUUGGUCACCUCAAGUUCCGUCAAUAGCCAUUACAAAGGGGCUAGACGAUCAACAACCUCGGCACCAGCAAUCAUGGCGUACGAGCGAAGAGGACGGACACGGUACACCAAGCCCUCGUUUCGAGACCACGUGCACAUCAGACCCUCCGCCGCCAAAGCCGCAGCGAUCUGUCUUCCAGCGAAUUAGGCGUGUUGGGACAAAAUUUUCAGCCAGGCUUGACCGUCUAGACCCUGUCAAGCUUGCAUACCUCAGGACCAGUUUCAUCUUUGCUAUCUCUGUUUUGGUGACAUGGACACCAAGUUCGAUCAACAGGGUUGUCAACCUUCUCAAGCCUGAAGUAGUCAGCUUCGGCCUGAAUGUUGCCAGCGCCACGGUUCUCCCACUUCAAGGUGUCUGGAAUGCCGUCAUCUUCUUUAUGACUAGUUGGACGACAUUCAAAGAAGAAUGGAAGGACAUGCGCUGUUGUCAACAGGGCCGACUUGGAAGUUGCGCCACUGAAAGUCGACAGGGUGCCGUCAGGAUAGACGUGCUUCGAAGCGAUCAACAUGACCGAUUUCGAAACGGUCGCUAUGGGCACACGAAAGCAAUUGGCAGCGACCAAACGAGUGAGCUCGAGUUGACAGUCCCUUCAGGAGUCAGUAAUGUCAGAGCCAUGAGAGGAUCCUUUAGUAUAUGA